AUGAAAUACACACUGAGGGAACAAGGGAACAGCCCUGGUAGACAGCCUGGUAAUGCCUAUGGAAUGGGUUCCUUUGCCUGUGUGUUCCCUCUGCCCAAUACAGCCAUUCACUGCAAGUUGCUGGUGGGCACUUCUGGAACAAUGUGGCCUUGCAGGGCACAGUACCAGUGUGUUGGAAGAUGCCAGAAUGGUGGCAAUGCCUGCUUGAAAGUAACGUGCUUUUAUCAGCAGUGGGACGGUAAUCAAGGUCCAGCCGAUGGAGCAGCUGCUAACACAAACCAGCCGAGCAGCCCUUUGAAGGUCACAGUGAAGAUUAUCAAAGAUCCACUCCUGGACUACGGUUUUAUGGUCUCAGAAGAUUCACCAGUAUGUGUGAAGUCUGUCACUGCAGGUGGUCCUGGAGAGGGAAAGCUAUUCCCAGGUGACCAGAUUUUACAAAUUAACGACAUGCCUCUGGAUACAAUUUCCCAGGAACGUAUCGAUAACAUUAUGAGGGAAUGUGGUAACACUGUUACAGUGACUGUCCUGCGAAAUACCCCUGGGCCCAAGUCAUCAUUUAUUACUGAAGAAAAGCGAGCCAGAUUGAAAAGCAACCCAGUCAAAGUACACUUUGCUGAGGAAGUGAUCGUCAAUGGCCAAGUACAGGGUAACUCGCUACUCUUAAUGCCCGGUAUUCUCAAGGUGUAUUUGGAAAAUGGACAGACCAAAGCCUUUCAAUUUGAGAAAAAUACAACAGUGAAGGAUAUCAUCCUCAGCCUGAAGUCAAAGUUAUCCAUCCGUUGUAUUGAGCAUUUUGCUCUGGUUUUGAAGGAACGAUACACUAUCAACAAGAUCUAUAUCUUACAUGAUGAUGAACUCAUUGAGCAGGUGGUCCAGAAGCGAGAGCCCCGUGAUUAUAGGUGUCUCUUCAGGGUUUGUUUCCUGCCAAGAGAUCCACUUGUACUUUUACAAGAUGAUCCAGUUACUUUUGAAUACCUCUACUCACAGAGUUGCAAUGAUGUGCUGCUGGAGAGGUUUGCGAUGGAGAUGAAAUACAGCACUGCUAUCCAUCUCGCAGCACUGCAAAUUCAGGAAUGCAUCCUCAGCUCCAACCAUUCUGAGAAAGUCUCCAUGAAGUACAUUGAGAUGAAUUGGGGAAUUGAGAAUUUUGUCUCAUCAACUGUACUUGACAACAUGAAAGAGAAAGAUAUCAGAAAGGCCAUUAACUAUCACCUUAAGAACAAUCAUAGUUUGAUUGCACCAGGACAAAAGCAACUGAUAUCCACGGCACAAGUCCGGCUGAAUUACCUGAACAUACUGAGUGAUCUUCGAGCAUAUGGAGGGAAAACCUUUAACGCAACCCUUCUGCUGCAGGACAGCGAAUCAUUUAUCACAUUGUUGGUCGGAGCCAAAUAUGGUAUCAGCGAAGUUGUUAACAGCAAACUCAAUAUUAUAAACCAGUUAACAGACUUCAACAACAUCCAGAAGUUGGAAUUGACCUUUGAGUAUGAGAAGAUCAGCGUGGUGAACAUCUACCUGGUGGAUGUGAAGUCUCUGACGUUGGUACUGGAAACUCGUCAUGCUAAAGACCUUGUGUGUUUGAUUGCUGGAUAUCAUAGGCUAUAUGUGAACUCAACAGACUCCAUAUUCAUCUGGCCUGGCAACUAUCAAAGUCAGACAACUGAAGAAGGUGACGAGGCCCAAAGAUUAAGUGAUUCAGAGUCAUCAUCAGACAUUGAGUCUAUAGAUAUCCACAAAUUGAGAAAUGGAUUCAUAGGGCCUCUGACUGAAGAAAAUGAGGACAUUGAGAACUCGGAAAGUGAGGCUACAGACAGUGACUGCUUACGGGAGAAUAUCCAGGAAGAGACCAGUUGCAGCACAGGGGAUGUGUCUGAUCUGAAUGAUGAAGCAACAUGUCAGGGAGGACACUUUUGUGAUAGAAGCUGUUCUGCUGACUCUAUGGAUGAACUGCAAACGGAGACUUCAGCUCCACACUCACAUGGUGAGAUUUCUGAAGAUGAUGACAAAGAUUCUAACACUGAAGAGAGUGAUGGUGAGCCAGUUACAAAGAAGCACUGUACCAUGGAAUUGAAAGACAGUUUUGAACAACCUUCAGCAGACUCCUUAGCCUCUACUUCGACCCUUUCUAAAUGCUUUGCAUGUUUUACAAAGGUGGUUUGCUCUAUUCCUGACCUCAGCCAAAGUGAGAACCCAUGCACUGCAGAAGUUUGCAACCAGUGCCCCAGGAACGAGGACGACAGUUAUGCAGAAGGGGACAAGUCUUGGAAUUUGACAAGUCAUGGCCUGCUCACUGAGUUACCACCUGCUAUUGAUGGGGACUUAUACAGUGAGGUCCUCACUAUCCCGAUUCUGGCUCCUCCCCCUGACGAAUUUUUCGAUGCAGCUGAAAAGGUUACUCAUGUGGAAGGUUCAGGUGACAUCAAAUUCAGUGGAACUGAAGCAGAGUUGGAGUCUGCUAAAAUUAAGGGGAUUGAAGCAAAACAAAAUGUGCAGAUAAGUCCAAGUCUUUUUGGCACAGGACUGGACAUCAAAUCUGUUGAAUGCAUCAAAGAAGAUCUGACAGCACUGACAGAAAACUCAGUUCUGGAAGAGGAAAUCUCCAGCAGGAGGAACUCAUCUAAGACAGACAAAAAAAGCAAAGAUGCUUACUCCCUUGACAUAUCCAGGUUACGUCUGAAUUUAAACCGAGUCUCCUUUAAGACAUUCGGCAUGUUUAAACAUUUAAAAUCACCACACUUAGAACCAAAGAUUGAAACUUGCGCAGUGAGGUCUCUUAACAUUUCUGAGUGCAACACGGAGCCUGCAGAAGACAGCUCGAAAGAUGACUUAUCAAAAACAGAACAGAUCUCUAACCAGACUGAGGCAAGUAUAACUGAGAUCAGUACAUCGAUAAUUUGCCCUCAAGAUAGAAACCUUCCUCAGGAAAUAUCUUCACUGACAAAUACACCAAGGCAGCUUUAUGAAGUAGACAACUCAACCAUUCAGGAAUCUGCAACUGCAACUCAGCAAAAUGAAUGUCCCUCCACCAAACUGAGCUGUCUCCAACAAAUAAAAAAUAAACACAGUUUGAAUGUUGACUCCAGAGUUCAAGCUAUCCUCACAACUGACUUGGAUAAGGAAAUAGAUGAACAGCUCCCAAUAAGUGAUAAGGACACGUGUAGCUGUAAGAUAGUACAUGGGAAUCGUUUUCGAGCACAGGGUACUGAUGUUAAUGACGAAAGCAAAGAUUUAGCAUAUUCCAUACGGCAGUGUUCACCAAAGACCACCCCACCUGAUUCAGAAAACCACCUCUCUCAAUACCUCACCACAUUUACUGGGCAAAGUGAGAAAUUCAUGCUUACCAGUUGCUCCUUUGAUUUUCCUAAAACUGAUCUUACACCAAAGCUUGAAGGCUCCAUUCUGUCACAAUUCAAGGCUGAAAGAUAUAGCAUGCCGAAUGGGUUCCAUCUGAUACGGAACAAUAUCAUGGAGCUACUCAAUGUGCUGAAAGAAUUCCCCAGAGAAAGUCAUAUUGAGGAAGAAUGUGCAAUACUUACUUCAUCAAUAAAGGAGAAAUUAUAUAUUGAAAGUGGAAAACUGAUGUCUGCUGGCCAGAAGGGCAUUAAAGUAGACCAGGCUCCUGUGGAGAUGCUCCUGGGAGUUUCUGAAAGUUUCCAGGCCCUCAUACAGCUAACAGCAACAUGUCUCCAGUUCACGACCUGCAUGCAUUGCGCAGAACGUCAUGCCAAAGUGGUCAAUAACUUAAAAGACGUUUCUUUGACUUAUAAAACCUUUGUGAAAAUCUCUCAGGAUGCAUGCAGCAGGAAGUGUGAUGACUUAAGAAUGAAACUCCUGGCUCAACAGUGUAAUGCACUGACUGCUGAUGUUUUCUGCCUGACGCAGUCAUUCAAAUAA